AUGAUUUCGUUACUUAUUUUUUGCUGCAUCUCCGCCAGUGUUUUCGCUGAUGACGAAAAUAUCAGAUCUUCCUACUUCAUAAAUGCGGAAAAUAGGCGCUUAGCAGCACAAAUGGCUAAGAGAGUUUAUUCCGAGAGUAUUUUGUCUUGCAGUCAAGCAUGUCUUAAAAAUCCCUGGUGUUUCUCUACAAAUUUUAAGUACGGGACAGGUGGCGAAGGAGUGUGUGAGUUGAUUAAGCAUGACUCAAACUCAGCUGACAAUAACAACAAGAUCAUUCAUCAUCAGCCAGGCAACACAUUUACAAUGAUUCUUAAGGUGAGUAAAUGCAGCAUUUCAUUCUCUAUUUUGGUUAAGGGGUAUUAUGUGAGACAAACGGGGGGUUUAAAACGUAUUUGGUAACAAAAAUUUACGAGGACCCUCAUAACGUAAAAGGGUUCUCGUAAAAUUCUGUUAUUCAAUACGAAAAUUUGGGGGGCAUACAGAGUGUAUUAUGGGGAAUUGGAAAAUAGUCAAUUGGCGCAAUACUGUGCAAGAAAUUCCUUAAAAAUUGAGCAUUUUUCAGUGGGCGUAUUUCACUAAAAGGAAAGGAAAACAGUUAGAUUUACAAGCCGUCAAUAAUUUGUUAUACAAUUGAAACACAAAUUAAAGCUUGUACAAAAGUUUGAUUUAACGUUUGGGUUAAUAAGAUUUCUACGAAAACCGUCAGGUUUCCCCCCGUUUCGGUGCUGUGCUUCUUCGUCUCAAGAGCUUGUUAAUUACCACACGAAAAUGUACUCAGGAUUCUCAUUUGUUCACGAAUAAUUGCAAUUAAAUUGUAACUCUGGCAAUGUUUUGUAGAAGAUGUACUUUUUGCAAAUCCGGUUAGUUACGAAAUAAAGAUACUGUUAUAUAGUGUAAAGGUAUAAUCAAGUUAAAACGAUCUCCCUAACCAUGAAUUGUAACAAUCGCUCGAGCGACUGGCUUUUACCGCGAUGAGUUUUGCCACAUCAAAGAUUGAAGUGACUCAGUCUCCCGAGUAGUUGUUUAUUAAUGGGAAAUGUGAUUAUUAUUAUUAUUAUUAUGCUGAAUGGCUGCAGCGUAAGACUACUAACGAUUGAAGUUGAAUUAAAUUGCGGGAACUUCUCAGCAUGUUAAGUCCCUGUUUGACGAUAGUAGACAAUUUCUUGGAAAACAAGAUUAAAAAUAUCUUCUCUGAAAAGGAUUCAAGGAAGCAAGUUUCUAAUUUUAAUAAAACGGGUCUUACUGAUAGGGUUGUCUGAUGACUGGUUGCCUAAAUGGAGGUUCGUGUGUGUUAGACAAGAUAAAGGAAACGUUUGCAUGCUCUUGUAAACCGCCAUGGAGUGGACAAAGAUGUGAAGUGAAACCAGGUGAGCCUUUACCUAGUUUUUGUGCAAAUUGAUUUCUGUUUAAUUAUUUUAUAAAAGACUGAGUAUUGAUGUACUUACUUUAAGCAUUUCAUGCUGAUUUCACUUCUAAUAUUUAUUCUCGACCUCCCGGGUCGACCCGUUGGAGGCGCUUCCUUAUAUGGCCUUUAAUACCGAAUGUGGUUGCCACAUCCCCCAGGCACAAAUACAUCAAAAUAUGUCUGCACAAUAAGCCAGGUGGUGUUGUUGCUCUACCUUAUGCUUCCCUUGGCCAAAGUUUCUCCUUAGCGUUCACAGAAAUGCUUGCUAAGAGGUCUGUUAUUUACAAACAGUUAUAUUUUUGUGGCUCAGAAUCGUGAAGUCAGUGUAACGCCUUCUCUUAGAUACGGGAUAUUUAUAUUCGUUCGUGUAGACUGAACGGAAGUAGAAACGUUAGUGUUGUGUGGAGGAACCUAACAGUUUUUGACGGUCAGCAUGGUUUAGGUCUUAAAAUCGAACUAAAGAUAAUCUUUAGUACGUGUUUGUUAAGUUCUUCAACAACCAUUCGGGGGAUAAACGGACCAGGCUGCAGGAUUUGUUGGUUGCUUCCCGCACCCCUGUAUUACGUAACCAGUAAAGGUAGCUUGCUACAGUCCUUUCGCCUCCUGUAUAAAGGAAAUCCGGAUUAUCGUCUGAAAUGUUAGUCGUCUCCUCCCCACGAGUUAUGGGGAGGAGACCACUGACAUUUCAGACGUUCCGGAUUACGGAACUGGGUAAUUUUCGGUUGUGGAUUCCGGAAUCCGGGAAUUUUAUGAUUGUGGAAUCCGGAAUUCAGAUCAAUCCGAAAGUUUAGCAAACAAGGAGUCCGGAGAUCAAGAGCUCAUAACGUGGAAUCCAGAAUCCAAGACUGUCUUGGAUCACUUUACAUAGGGCAAUUUCGUUAAUAUUCCUUGGUUUUUGUCGCAUAGGAUGUCCAGCUGGCUGGUCUACACAUGGUGACUCGUGUUAUUAUCUAAACAGUACAAUACAACGGAUCCAGGCGGACGCGCGCAAGGCAUGCCAGACAAUUGGUGGAGACCUCCCAAUAAUCAAAUCAGCGGCAGAAAACAAAUUCGUAUUUGAACUUAUGAGAAAUAGUGAUACAGUUACAGCAUUUGGUGCGUGGCUUGGCUUAGAGCGAGAUACGGUUAGCGGAACCAAGUUUCGUUGGAUUGAUGGUACUCCAUUGGAAAGGGAGUAUGAAAAUUGGUUUGACGGGCAACCUGACAAUCAUAAGGGUAAAGAGGAAUGCGUCAAUAUGUUUGUGGUCAACAAUACCAAGAAAGCAGGAAGGUGGAAUGACUACCCCUGUGGAUGCUACAAUGAUCUACCUAUAUAUUGCCCUGUUAUUCUUUGCCAGAGGCCUAUCUCAUGA